AUGAGCAGCUGCUGCAGGCGCGGCGGUGGCGGCGGCGGGGGGGAUUAUUUACAAAUGUACAAAUGGCAUUCAAACAAAUGGCAUUCAACCAGGUCACAUCUUCAUGCAUAA